UCAAUUAUGCAUUACCAAUGCCCCGGUCUGUUGCAGAAGCCGCAAUCAAAGAUUGACCGCACCAGCUUUUGGCAUCUUUGUCAAUUAUUAGCGAUAAAUUUCAUUAGUUUGGUAUCAGGUAGGCUUCCCGUUAACGGGAAUUUCCUUGCUCUCGAUCGUUCCCAGACCCUCAAUUUACUUUCAUAGGAAACUUUUGCUUGAUUAAGUGAAUAGAUGGAUUACCAUAGUGGAAGUAAAUAUGUGCGGGGCAGUGAGGUGAAAUAAAGACAUUUUUCCUUCACUCUGCGAUGAAGUCUCAGAGUUCGUGAUUUUGAAUGUCUUGAAACUGUUGCUAGGAAGAGGGAAAUUUCAUGAAUUCAUAUAAAUUCAAUGGAACUAGGAUAGUUUGUCAGGAGGCGUUAGUCGUCCAUGCGCGUGUUUCCAUCAUAUGUAAUUAAAUGUCAGCUGCUUCUGAAAGAGCUCCAUGAUGGUGCUUGGAUUAGGCAUCGUAUGGAUAACAUAUCAAAUCAUCGCUGUGGAAGGGACGUGCCUCUUUCCAGGCCACCUGAAAAAUAACGAAUGGCAUUACAAGAUAUUGUCGGAACAUGGUGCGCGACAUACUCUGCAGUUCAGUGGAAAUGGUUUAAUAGUGAAGGACGUCGUUACGUCUGGUGCCUCCUACGACCUCUACUGUGUAGAAAGGCGUAGGGAACAUGCCUUUUUAUUCGAGUCCAACUCCGGAUCGCCAAAAAAAUACAAAUGCAUCGAAUUCUUGGAAAGAGGCAAGUCCAUUCUACAGAUGAGAGAGUCCUCUUUCUCGGAAAGUUUUAAUGUAUGCGAGGAUGGAAAAUUAGUUUUGGACGAGUGGUUACUGGUGUCGCAUAAAGAGAUGGUAAAAGAGAUUGGUAGAUGUCCCUUCAGUGGAGGUUUUAAUUUAAAGAUGAGAGAUUCGAAAGGAAAUGCACAUGGCUGUAAUUACAUGGAACUUCCAAUGAGAAUGGAGAGUGAAUGCAUUGCUGGGGAGGGCAUGACGUUUGACUUCCGGAGAAGUGAAUGCACAUACUUUGUACCGAUGAACAUCUACCAAAAGACAUUUUGUGUGACGAACUGGAACACAAUCAGUUUUAUAUUCGUGGUUUUAAAAGCCGUCAAUGGAGAUGGGAUCUGGAUUAUGAGGGUGCCUAAGCGUGGUUUAAAUUAUUAUAACAAUCAGAUAGUCGUAGAAUUGUUCACAGAUUUGAUUGCCAGUGAAUCGAAUACAAAUGAUAACAUAGAUAAAUUUUAUUCCCUUACUUUAGAAAAGGAAGUACAACGAAAAUUUUGUGCAGAUGAGUACAAAUCCUGUGAGAAAAGGCCGUGCUCACCCAUAGAUAUGCGCCAAUGUCCCAAAUCCUGCGGCUCGUGUGAUCCUAACACCGUCCUUCCAAUCUGUGCGUUCCCUCGCAGAUUCAUGGGGGAAUGGUAUUCACAAGAUAACGCCGGCACAAAAAGAAUAAAUAUAAGUGAAUCUACUUUCUUUAUUGAGAACGUUGGAGAGUUUUCUUGUGUGCAAUUCAAUGACUCUCCUUCGCGGUCCACCAGAAUGUUUACAACUGAAUCUGUGUAUUACAAUGGUUGCAGGCCGAGGUAUACUUGCGUAUCAUUUAAGCGACUGGGCAAGUCUGUACUAGGCUACAGCAUCAGUCAGAGUUUUGUCUGGCCAAUCACUCUGGACAAUCCCGGAGAGUCUAUUUGCGCGGAAUCACGCUUUGGACCUGAUGAGGAGCCGGUGACAGACCUGUACCAUCCCUAUGCUAAUUCCUACAAACCAAUACUGUCUGUGUCGAGGACAUUCAUGUCCACACCGUGUGAUCUACCUUCAUUGUUUAUAUUCACAGCACAUUUUGACAACAAUAAAAGUUGUGCGGGAGAGUUUUAUCAAGAUUGUUCAAACCCCAGUAUAUUCCGUCUGGAUUACCACAACUGUAGAUACGCUUCAGUGACGUCAUACACCUAUUACUGCGCAGCGACAUUUAGAGAAAAUUACUGGGAAAAACUAGUGAUUUUACAAAGUGCUACAGAAGUCAAAGAGUCAAAGUGCUUGUCCUUUUCUACAGUGUACCCAGAUCGUGCUUUUCUUCUCCCCACUAGUAACUGUGACGUGUAUGCUUGGCAGUACGUUGACUCGAACAUUCGUAAAUCAUUGAUUGUAUUCACUUUGCGUUCUGCCGGUGAUAAAUGCAAAGAUAUCCCCACAACGACGACGAUCAGUACUAGACCGACCACGCUGUCUAGUACUGAGGUAGUGCCAACCUCCAGACUAACAGAGGGUCCCCACAGUGAAAAACAGAGACUAAAUAUUUCUGUAGAGUCGGCAGUACAAAGUGAUUCUAAUGGGAAUAACGACGAAUAUCGCGAAUUUAUAAAAUCGACAAUAUCGCCAAUUCAGAUUAAUAAAGCGAAAAGUAAGGAUCACACUCUCAAAACAGUGGAAGAACGCAUGCGUGAAACUAAUCAGGCCAAAACAUGCCGUUACUCUGUUGUCAAUGUCAUUUUGAUUUUUUCAGUGUUACAUACAUUUAUCAGUGUUAUAUACAUUUAGAUAGAUAAGUAGGUUCAAAUUUAUACUAUCUAUCUAUCUAUCUAUCUAUCUAUCUAUCUGUCUGUCUGUCUGCUUUUUAUCUCUCUGUCUGUAAAGUGCUAUACAUUCAAUUUGCUAUGGUUUUUCAUUAACACUUCAACUCCUUGUCCAGAAAUCGUUGUCUUUGGUAUUUCAUUAAUAUAAUCAGGUUUUAUGUCAUUCUGAUAAAAGAAAUACUUAUAUCCUUCCUUUCACACAGAUUUCGGUACGUAACAACUCUAUUUUGGGUUUAAUUUCCGCUAUUACUAGUAUAACAAUUCUAGAACAGCAUAUUUAGUUCACGAUUUUGUUAUAAAAUACAAUGAAUUUUCUUAAAGGGUAUUGCCUUACAGUUUUCUAUCAUAUCAAAAACAGAGAUGAUUUUUGUGAUGUAAUGAUCUAUUCAUCUGAAGAUAAAAAAAACAAAACCCCUUCAUUAUGUACAUUAAUCAGUAUCGAUUGUCAUUCGUGAUGCCAGUGGAAAUUAAAUUUUUCAAAGUAUUUAGUAGUGCUUAGAUCAAGUUACCCGGCGUGUCGCGAUCUUGAUGGGCGACAAUGUAUUCACCACCGAACAGCUGACAAUAGGAAAAUUUAAUUAGCGUUUAUAAAUUAAAUGUUCUAUAAAGAAAACAAUCCGGUUUCCGUAUAUACUGAUUUUUUCUUUGAUGGGGUGGUUAACAAUCGAUGAUAAAAUUAUAGCACUAACGUUAUCGUGCUGGGUAUACUCUUAUCACGCCAUGUAGGGACGUGCAAGACAGCGAAUUAAUCACAAAAAAGGCAGUGAUUUCUUUCAUAUAUAUUUUGAUAAUUGUUGAAAUCAUUUCAUUUAGUUUGUCUAUUAUGAGAUAUUUUGUAUAAAUCAUUGUAAUAAACAAUAUGGAAACCAUA